GUAAAUUUCCUACUCCGCUGUUUAGAAUUGUUUCUUCGCUUUACCAAAGCAUUUCUCUCUCGAUAUAUAUAGUGGGAUUCCUAUAAAACCCUAGCUUUACCGAUCCCCAAAUCACACACUCUGUCUCGCUCUCCGUGUUUGCCCUAAUUUGGUGGUCGCGAUGGAUGAGGAGUACGACGUGAUAGUGCUCGGGACGGGGCUCAAGGAGUGCAUCCUCAGCGGCCUCCUCUCCGUCGAUGGCCUCAAGGUCUUGCACAUGGAUCGAAACGACUACUAUGGAGGAGAGUCGAGCUCUCUCAAUCUCAUCCAGCUCUGGAAAAGGUUUAGGGGUAAUGAUAAGCCUCCAACACAUUUAGGGCCCAGCAGAGACUACAAUGUAGACAUGGUUCCUAAGUUCAUGAUGGCAAAUGGCAUAUUGGUGCGCGUCCUCAUUCAUACAGAUGUUACGAAGUACCUAUCCUUCAAAGCUGUAGAUGGAAGCUAUGUACUUAAUAAAGGAAAGAUUCACAAGGUUCCUGCGACUGAUAUGGAGGCACUCAGAUCUCCAUUGAUGGGACUGUUUGAAAAACGCAGAGCGAGGAAGUUCUUCAUCUAUGUCCAAGAUUAUAAAGAAGAUGAUCCGAAGACGCAUGAAGGAUUGGACCUUACAAGAGUGACAACCAGGGAAUUGAUCUCUAAAUAUGGUUUGGAUGACAACACAGUAGAUUUUAUUGGCCAUGCAUUGGCUCUUCAUAGAGAUGACCGCUAUCUACAUGAGCCUGCACUUGACACUGUAAAAAGGAUGAAGCUUUAUGCUGAAUCUCUUGCGCGUUUCCAAGGAGGGUCACCAUACAUUUAUCCAUUAUAUGGAUUAGGAGAGCUGCCGCAGGCUUUUGCACGCCUUAGUGCUGUUUAUGGUGGGACAUACAUGUUAAAUAAGCCAGAGUGCAAGGUUGAAUUUGAUAUGGAAGGAAAAGUUUGUGGUGUGACUUCGGAAGGGGAAACUGCUAAGUGUAAAAAAGUUGUAUGCGACCCUUCCUACCUGCCUAACAAGGUUCGGAAGGUUGGAAAAGUAGCAAGAGCAAUUGCCAUUAUGAGCCACCCAAUUCCAAGUACUGAUGAGUCUCACUCAGUACAGGUUAUAUUGCCCCAGAAGCAACUGGGGCGUAGGUCAGACAUGUACGUGUUCUGUUGUUCGUAUACCCACAAUGUUGCACCAAGAGGGAAGUUCAUUGCAUUUGUCUCAACUGAAGCUGAGACUGAUAACCCAGAGAUGGAAUUGAAGCCUGGGAUUGAUCUUCUAGGGCCAGUGGAUGAGUUGUUUUUUGAUACAUACGAUAGAUUUGAACCUGUCAAUGAGCCUUCCUUGGAUAAUUGCUUCAUCUCGACGAGUUAUGAUGCGACGACUCAUUUUGAGUCUACUGUCACGGAUGUUCUCUCCAUGUAUACAAAGAUAACGGGGAAGACGGUGGAUCUUAGCGUGGAUCUCAGUGCUGCGAGUGCCGCCGAAGAAUACUAAAACAAAGAUCAGUCCAAUUAAGUCCCAUAAAACAUGUGAUUAUCUUUGUGGGUUAUGCGGAUCGACGAAGUUGGCUUUACAUAGAAUGUUCUAGACUUGAUAAAUCCAGUGCUGUCAGAUAUUUUCACUGCUGCUAUCAUGUUCUUGUUCACCAUAUCAACAUCAUAUACUAAGCUCUUAAACACUUGCAUUCAGAUGUUGCUAAGUUAUUUUGUGGAAUGUGGAUUUGGCUUGUCACUGUUGGCUUGUUUAUUACAUUAUUGUUUCCACAAUGGAUACUUGCUCCUUAA